UGAGAAAUGGAACGCAAUAAUGAUUAAAUUCUACGUUACGAUUUACCGUUCUCUCGGAAUCAUUAAAUCUAUGAAUGAAGAAUGGGAAUCAUUUCUCUCUCGCUCUCUUCUAUUCAGGUGAAAGGGUACGGCAGUUUUAGGGCAUCCGAGAACGAUCGUAUAUCAUUUGAGUGGAGUUUUUGGCCGGAAGGAAAUUGAAAGGUGUUAGAAACAAAGGAAGAUUAGUUUUGUGAAGGAAGAUCUUGACAGAUUGGUUUUUUUUUUCUGAUUUUUUUUUCCUUUUUGAGAGAACGUUUCUUCCUGUGGAGGCCGAGACAAUGAACGUCUGAUGGAUUUGAGGAAAGAAGAGGGAGAUUACUCGAGUGUAGAGGAUUUAUGGAUUCAAAAUCUCCGCAUAAAGUCUUACAGUGACGUGAGUCUUCAGGAUCGAAUCUCCUAUUUGGAAGCGAAUAGUGAUGGUAAGGAUCACUGUCACUUCUCAGUGGCAUUCGAGAAGCUUGGAUUAGAACAAGAGAAUUCAAGUGAGGACAUGGGACCCAAUGGUAAGUCACAGGAAACUCAGACGUGUCACUGCGAUGAUUGCGCUAUGCAAGAAUGCAGAACAAUUGCCUUCAAGACACGAGAAAUUUCUACUCUGAGACUAGUAGUUCAGGGGCCGGAAGUGCUGAAUCAUCAGGGAAUUAGACAUUUCCCGCAAGAUCUGGCGCCAUUUUGGAAAAAAGAUUCGAGAACUUGGCUAUGGAAGUCCGUUAGGCUCGCAAGGAAACGAAAAUUGAAGUCCAAGUCACUCGUCAAAUUCGCUUCCAUCGAUUCCAGUCUUAACAAAACAUGAAAUCAUUUUCUAUCCCAUCGCUUUUUUUCUUUAGAUUUAUUUUUGGUAUACUAUCAUCAAAUUUUAUAGUAAACGAAACUUUUAUGUACAUAUUUUUUGAGGAGACAGAGUAAAGUCUAUCAUGAAUA